AUGGAGAUUGACCCGGUGGGGAUUGACCCGGUGGAGAUUGACCCGGUGGGGAUUGAUCCGGUGGAGAUUGACCCGGUGGAGAUUGACCCGGUGGAGAUUGACCCGGUGGAGAUUGACCCGGUGGGGAUUGACCCGGUGGAGAUUGACCCGGUGGAGAUUGACCCGGUGGAGAUUGACCCGGUGGGGAUUGACCCGGUGGAGAUUGACCCGGUGGAGAUUGACCCGGUGGGGAUUGACCCGGUGGGGAUUGACCGCGUGGGGAUUGACCCGGUGGGGAUUGAAUUGGUGGAGAUUGACCCGGUGGAGAUUGACCCGGUGGAGAUUGACCCGGUGGGGAUUGACCCGGUGGAGAUUGACCCGGUGGGGAUUGACCCGGUGGGGAUUGACCCGGUGGAGAUUGAUCCGGUAGGGAUUGAUCCGGUGGGGAUUGACCCGGUGGAGAUUGACCCGGUGGAGAUUGACCCGGUGGAGAUUGACCCGGUGGAGAUUGACCCGGUGGGGAUUGACCCGAUGGAGAUUGACCCGGUGGGGAUUGACCCGAUGGAGAUUGACCCGGUGGGGAUUGACCCGGUGGGGAUUGACCCGGUGGAGAUUGACCCGGUGGGGAUUGACCCGGUGGGGAUUGACCCGGUGGGGAUUGACCCGGUGGGGAUUGACCCGGUGGAGAUUGACCCGGUGGGGAUUGACCCGGUGGAGAUUGAUCCGGUGGGGAUUGACCCGGUGGAGAUUGAGCCGGUGGGGAUUGACCCGGUGGGGAUUGAUCCGGUGGGGAUUGACCCGGUGGAGAUUGAGCCGGUGGGGAUUGACCCGGUGGAGAUUGACCCGGUGGAGAUUGACCCGGUGGGGAUUGCCCCGGUGGGGAUUGAGCCGGUGGGGAUUGACCCGGUGGAGAUUGACCCGGUGGAGAUUGACCCGGUGGGGAUUGACCCGGUGGGGAUUGACCCGGUGGGGAUUGACCCGGUGGAGAUUGACCCGGUGGAGAUUGACCCGGUGGGGAUUGACCCGGUGGGGAUUGACCCGGUGGGGAUUGACCCGGUGGGGAUUGACCCGGUGGAGAUUGAUCCGGUGGGGAUUGAUCCGGUGGAGAUUGACCCGGUUGGGGAUCGACCCGGUGCAAGAAGAGAGCCUCAGCUGGGAAUCCUGGUCACGUUGUGGGCCAAAUGGGGCGAUGCGCUGUGUCAAGUUCCUAAUGACCGGAGUUUACUAAAGUCUGGCCCGGCUUUAGGCCAGUCAACAGGCAUUUGGGAACAAUGA